CGUGUGUUACAUUUCCUUCUAACCAAUAGUUACAAAUAAAUUUAGUGAGCUAUAAACAAUUGUUCAUUGAUAUGGACAUGAAACCACUCAAAAAUAUCAAUUUUUACUAAUCGAUCGUCCAAACUCUUGUUGGAUUUUUAAUUAUUUAUGUAAAAAUAAAUGAGAAGCUAACGGAUCAUGUUAAGCUCAGGACAAACGGGUACAGAUUAUGUACAAACGAUAGAAUUAUUUCAUUUUGUGAAAAACAAUCACCUGUCAGCUGUUUAUAUAUAAGUCCAUUGCAGACAGACAACAACUGCACGUGAGUGUUGCUUUGGAUUACGGUAUCAACAAUAAACUUUCAAUUUUUGUUCCUGAAACAUUUACUGGAAAACGAUGUCGAGGAAGAAACAUAAUAUAUCCUACAUAAAACCGGAAGAGCCCAAGUUUUUGAAGGAACUCAAAGCUGCUGCGGGGUAUAAGGAGGGCCCCGAUGUUGAUACUAAGAGAGGAGAACUUCCAAAUAUUUCCGACGACGAAGAUGACACUUUUGAUGGAGAAAAACCCACUGUUGUUGUGUUGAAACAGGGCGAUUUAACCGCCGAGGAAGCGGAUGAUUUCGAAAAGAAGAAGAAAGAAGAGGCAGAAAAUGCCCCAGCAGAUCUCUCCAAACGAAUAAUCUUCGAGUCGAAGCGAAAAUCAAAAUCACAGAGCGAAGACCAAGACUCCAAGUGCGACUCUAAAACUAAAAAGAGUAAAAAAUCCAAGCAGACAAAGUCGAUCCUCUCGUUUGACGAAGAGGAAGACGAAUGAAGCCCCGACCAGCUCCACUCACCCCCAAUAUUUUGUAAAUACAAUUAUUUUUAAAUGAAUAAUUCACUGUUAAUAAUAAAAGGAGUAAAAAAGGA